GUCACUCUCCCUCUCCCUCUCCCAAUCACUUCACUUAACAAAUCUCCUCACCCAAACUCUCCCCCUCACCCUCCUCCUCUUCUCUCCACCGGAAAAGUUCAACCAACCUCUCCCCUCCCUUUCAAAUUCAUACUCCCACAUCUCUCAAAUAUCGAUGCACCUCACCAUGACCUCCGGCGGAAUGCCUUCCAUACCUUCAUCUAUUUCCCCCCCGCCGGUCUCUUUACCUCUCAGAAAUAUCCCCGGCAGCUACGGUUUGCCGCUGCUGGGAUCCAUCGGUGACCGACUCGAUUACUACUGGUUUCAAGGACCCGAUAAGUUCUUCAGGACUCGUAUGGAGAAGAAUCGAAGCACGGUUUUCAGAACCAAUGUUCCUCCGUCUUUCCCUUUCAUCUCCGCUGAUCCCAGAGUAGUUGCGGUUCUGGAUUGCAAGUCCUUUGCGCAUCUAUUUGACAUGGAAAUCGUGGAGAAAAAUAAUGUUCUGGUCGGUGAUUUCAUGCCCAGCAUCAGUUUCACCGGAAACAUGAGAGUGUGUGCUUAUUUGGAUACCUCGGAACCCAAUCACUCCAAGGUAAAGAACUUCAUUACAGACAUUCUACGGCGGAGCUCAAGGAUAUGGAUAUCGGAGUUGGAAUCCAACCUAUCGACGAUGUGGGACGGCAUUGAAUUAGAAAUGGCAAAGAACAAACAAUCGGGUUUCAGAAACUUUCUCCAACCAGCUCUUUUCAAUUUCUUCUCCAAAACUCUCGCCGGCGCCGACACUGCAAAAUCACCGGAAGUGGCAAAAUCCGGAUACAUAGACGUCAUAAUCUGGCUCGGCCUCCAGCUCGUUCCCACCAUCCACAUCGGCGUUCUCCAGCCCCUUGAAGAAAUAUUCCUUCACUCUUUCCGCUUACCCUUUUUCCCCAUUGCUUCCCGCUACCAAAGACUCUACGAUUUCUUCCAAAAAGAAGGGGCAGAAGUUGUUGAGCGAGGUGUCACCGAGUUCGGGUUAACAAAGGAAGAAGCCAUUCACAAUCUCAUCUUCACCAUGGGCUUCAACGCCUAUGGUGGCUUCAGUCUCUUCUUCCCUGUUCUACUUGACCGUAUACUCAAUGAUAAAACCGGUCUACAACAAAGAAUCCUCAAGGAAGUCAGGUCAAAAUCCAGCUCUGGUCUGACCUUCGAGUCAGUCAAGGAGAUGGACCUCAUCUACUCCAUCGUCUACGAGACACUCCGGCUUGACCCCCCAGUUCCCUCCCAAUACGCCAGAGCCAGAAAAGAUUUCAAGCUAACUUCCUACAAUUCAACGUAUAACAUCAAGAAAGGGGAACUGCUUUGUGGGUAUCAGCCGCUGGUGAUGAGAGAUCCAGAGGUGUUCGAUGAACCGGAGGCGUUUAAUCCAGACCGAUUCCGGGGAGAGAAAGGGGCAGCGCUGCUGGAUUAUUUAUUUUGGUCGAAUGGGCCGCAAACGGGGACACCGAGCGAGAAGAACAAGCAGUGUGCUGGGAAGGAUUUAGUGGUGCUGACGGGGGUGGUGUUUGUGGCUUACAUAUUUAAAAGGUAUGAUUCGAUUGCUGGGGAAGGAGGUUCCAUUACAGCUUUUCAAAGGGCUAAUUGAAAAGUGAAAGUGAAUUAUAUAUACAUUAUGUAUCGUUUAUUGAGAGAUGCACUUUUCUUGUUCAAUGGCUUCUUUCUUAUGUAUGAGUUUGGAGCCAAAAUGGGAAGAUUUGGAAUGAAUAAAUCAAUAAAAUCAAGAUUUACUUUACCUUUUAAAAUA